AAGUUUUGUGGACAUUUAUUUUAUAUCUGAAACUUUGCAUUACUCGACAAUUUUUGGUUAACCGUGAAUUUCUGUGUUGGUUUUAUAAGCUGGUUCAUAAUUAAAAAAUAAAGGAAAAUGACAAAUAGUGUGGAAACUACAGGACAAGAUGUGGAAAUGGAGGUUGAAACAACUACGGAAAAUGUCGGAGACCCGAAAAAAGAUCAAGGUGUUUCAACAAUCUUGGAAAUACGGGAACAAAUUCGACAAAUUGAGAGGGCAGUGGCGUCAAAAGAAUCUAGAUUCAUUUUAAGGGUCCUUCGCUCUCUUCCAAACACACGUCGCAAAUUGAGCACUGUAGUUUUUCGAAAUAUUGCCCAAUCAAUAUAUCCAUCUGGUACCGAUCGUGACAAUGCUGUAGGUUUGAUACCUAGUACUCCAGUGGGAGUGAUUGAGAUUGAUAUACCAAGAAGCCGAUCCGCUUCAAAGUCUCCAAUAGCGGAAGUAGAUGCAUAUUUUUAUUUGCUUUUAUUAGUAAAAUUAAUUGAUGAGGGCGACAUAAAACGCGCAGCUGUUUGUUCCGAGUCACUUAUGAGUAAAAUUGCCGGUCAAAAUCGUCGUACAUUGGAUUUGAUUGGUGCUAAAUCUUACUUCUAUUAUUCACGUGUUGCGGAGCUUAAUAACUGCCUCGAAACCAUUCGAGGAACACUCCACGCUCGCUUACGAACAGCGACUUUAAGAAAUGAUUUCGAAGGACAAGCAGUUCUAAUUAAUUGUUUGCUUCGAAAUUAUUUACAUUAUUCUCUUUAUGAUCAGGCUGAUAAGCUUGUGAAGAAGUCCGUGUUCCCAGUUUCAGCCAGCAACAAUGAAUGGGCAAGGUUUUUAUAUUAUUUAGGUCGUAUAAAAGCCGCGAAACUUGAAUAUAGCGAUGCUCAUAAGCAUUUGGUUCAAGCUUUGAGAAAGGCACCACAGAAUGCUGCUGUGGGUUUUAGACAAACUGUUCAGAAAUUAAUUAUUGUUGUCGAAUUGCUGUUGGGUAACAUUCCCGAGAGGCAAGUUUUUAGACAAGCAGCGUUGCGAAAAUCACUAGCUCCAUAUUUUCAACUCACACAAGCCGUACGCUUGGGUAACUUGAAAAGAUUUGGUGAAGUCGUGCAAAAUUAUGGACCGAAAUUCCAAUUGGAUCAUACCUACACUCUGAUUAUUCGUUUGAGGCACAACGUAAUAAAAACCGCAAUACGUUCUAUUGGACUUUCCUAUUCACGUAUAUCUCCAAAUGAUAUUGCAAAACGGUUAAUGUUAGAUUCAGCCGAAGAUGCUGAAUUUGUUGUAGCUAAAGCAAUUCGGGAUGGUGUUAUAGAGGCUACUCUUGAUCCAGAACAGAAUUAUAUGAGAAGCAAAGAGAGUACAGAUAUAUAUAGUACUCGAGAACCGCAGUUGGCUUUCCACGAGCGUAUUACCUUUUGUCUUGAUUUACAUAAUCAGAGUGUGAAAGCAAUGCGUUACCCUCCUAAAUCCUACGGCAAAGAUCUUGAAAGUGCCGAAGAGCGACGGGAGCGUGAGCAACAAGACUUGGAGUUGGCUAAGGAAAUGGCAGAGGACGAUGAGGAUGGUUUUUAAAAAGAAGGCUUGGCUGCAAAAAGAUUAAUUGUGAGAGCGAUCUAAAUAUAUUAAUGUAUUAUGAGUCAAUAUCAAUAAACUCCUUUUUCUUUGUAA